AUGGGACAGUAUACAGUUACUGCAGCAUCAAGCAACGAUACAGAAAGAUCAGCAUUGCUGGCAUUCAGAGAUCAAAUAACCAGUGAUCCUUCUGGUGUUCUAAAAGCAUGGAACAACUCCAUUCAUUUCUGCAAGUGGUAUGGAGUCACAUGUAGCCGCAAGCAUCCUGGGAGGGUUAUUGCUCUGGAUCUUGCUUCCAGGGGUAUGGCAGGUGCCAUCUCUCCUGCCGUUGCCAACCUAACAUUCCUGCGGAAACUACUACUUAUGGAGAAUGGUUUCAAUGGUGACAUCCCACAAAACAUCGGCCACUUGCACCGUCUGCAACAACUCAACAUGAGCUUCAAUUCACUCUACGGUUCCAUUCCUGCCAGUCUAGCCAACUGCUCAGAGCUCAGAUUCAUCGACUUAAGCGCAAAUAAACUCACCGGGAUGAUUCCGGUUGAGCUCGGAUAUCUAUCAAAGCUUGAUCAGUUGGUGCUUGACAAUAAUAGCUUUGUAAGUGUUCUUCCAUCUUCUCUUGGAAACCUUUCUUCUCUCACAAUUCUUUCAAUAAAUUGUGGCGUAGGGAGUAGUUCAACGUCCUAUUGUUUGCAUGGCAACAUCCCAGAGGAGCUGGGAAACCUUGCAAAACUUAAGUUAAUCGAUGUCUCUGGAAACAUGCUUUCUGGAACAAUACCUCCAUCCUUCUUCACCGGACCAAUUCCGGUGUCACUUUCCAAUGCCUCAAGACUUGCUAUUGUUGAUCUUUCACAAAAUAAUUUCACUGGACAAAUUCCUCCUGACAUUGGAAGAGGUGGAAACAUAUGGUACAUUAAUCUAGAAAUCAAUCAGCUUGAGGCAAAUGAUGUCAGUGAUUGGAGGUUCAUGGGUUCUCUGACCAACUGCAGCAGUUUAAAGAUCUUGGCUCUUGAUGAUAACAAUAUGGGUGGUGCACUGCCAAGCUCCAUUGCCAACCUCUCCAAUGAAAUACAAAAAAUAUACAUGGGAGAUGGCAAUGAUUUGGAAGGUCCAAUCCCUUCAUCACUGGGGAGCAUCCAGAGACUGAAUGAAUUACAGCUGUCCAUGAAUAGACUCAAUGGCAGUGUACCAGUAGAGAUACUUAGCCUUUCCUACCUAUCCAAUUUUAUUAUGCUUUCUGACAACUUCUUGACUGGAUCCCUUCCUAUUGAGGUUGGCAGAUUGAGAAACAUAAGAACCCUCCUUCUGUCUCACAACAAGCUUUACGGUGAGAUCCCAACAACCAUCAGCGGCUGUGUGAGCUUAGAGGUGCUCGAGCUUGAUGAUAACAUGAUCCAAGGAACCAUUCCUCCAUCCUUGAGCAACAUAAGAGGGCUUCAGAUUCUUAAUCUUUCAAACAAUUCGUUAUCAGGAUCAAUACCUCAAUCUUUUGGCAGUAUGAAAGGCCUCCAAGAGCUGCUUCUUUCACACAAUAACUUGUCAGGGGUGAGAUACCCAAGAAGGGCAUCUUUUCAAAUGCUUCUGCCAUCUCAGUCACUGGGAAUCCCUGGCCUUUGUGGGGGUCUUUCACAAAUUCACUUGACUGCAUGCCCUCUCAAAACAUCUGAGAAGAGAACAAGGUGGCGGCUCUUGCUAACAGUUGGUACACCAAUUGCUUGCUUCAUCCUUUUUUCAUCCUUGGCUUUUCUUAUUUACAAAAGGCAGUCCAGGAAGAGGGCUUCAUCCGAAAUCUCCAUGAACUCUCAUUUCCCAAGAAUUACAUAUGGAGAUUUACUCAGGGCCACUGGUGGCUUCAGCGAUGAUAAUCUUGUUGGCAGGGGAAGACAUGGUUCGGUGUAUAAAGGAAUUCUGGAGACUCUCAAUACUACUACUGUGGCUGUCAAGGUGUUCAACCUUGCAGAGCAGGGGGCAUCCAGGAGUUUCUCUUCGGAAUGCAAGGUGCUGCGAACCGUCCGGCAUCGCAACAUUAUCAAGGCCUUUAUUUCCUGCUCCAGCAUUGAUUCCAGGGGCCAUGAUUUCAAAGCAUUGGUCUACGAGUUCAUGUCUAAUGGAAGUUUAGAGACAUGGUUACAUCCAGAAACAGAGGAAGAGCAGCACAAGAGUCAAAGUUUAACUUUCAUUCACAGAUUGAGCAUAGCCAUAGACAUUGCUGAUGCGUUGGAGUACCUUCAUGAAGGUUGUCAACCACCAAUGGUGCAUUGUGAUAUCAAGCCUGGCAACAUCCUCCUUGACAAUGAGAUGAUUGCUCAUGUUGCAGAUUUCGGUCUUGCAAAGGUGCUCUCUGGUUCCUCUCGAGCUUCUUCACGUAGCUCCAUUGCUAUCAGGGGCUCCAUAGGAUAUGUUCCUCCAGAGUAUGGAGUUGGUGGUCAAGCGACCACUUCUGGAGAUGUGUACAGUUAUGGAAUUCUUCUCCUUGAGAUGUUAACAGGGAAGAGGCCAGCUGACGACAUGUUUAAAAAUGGUCUGACACUCCGCAAACUAGUUGAGAUGCAAAUUUCUAGUGAAGGAUUCUUGAACAUAGUAGAUCCUCUAAUGCUGCCACAAAACCAUGCAAGUAAGGAGGAAGAGUGUUUUGUUUCUGUGGCACUGGUGGGUCUUUCAUGCUCAAUUGAUUCUCCUUAUGAGCGACCAAUCAUCGCUGAGGUUGCAACAAAAAUGCAUGCUAUCAAAACUGGUAUAAAAAAUUAAACAUCAGAGAACUCCUUUCAGGGCUGCUCCUAAUACUGGUUAACCUGGAGAUGCCUAGGGUGCUUUUUUCUCCUUUAUGUUUGUGUGCUCUUUUG